UUGAUCGAAGCAUAUCAACAAAACAUCUCCACAUGAACUUCGAUCAGCGCGGAUUCACCCUACUGUCAAAAUGAUCACACUCGUCAUUGCUGGUGCUGUUGGUAUUUUCUGCAUCAAAUGGAUCUUGACACCAGAGCCACCACUGAAAUGCGGCAUUUACGUGCAGCCCAACAAAUGGUACCCUCUCAAAUAUCUGAUCUUUCGGGUUCUCAUGUGGAUGAGAAAACGACAAAAUAAGAACUUGAAAAACACCAGCGGUGAUGAUGCUGGGUAUGGUAUGCGAUCAAGAAGUUCACCCGAGGACAUGGACAAAGUCCAGAUACUACCACCUGAGCAUCCAAAGGCUGUAGAUGCUGUCUAUUUCAAUGGUGGAAACAAGGAAGGCUAUUUUGUAGUCACAGCGACAGCAAGGCGGCACAAGAAUCUUGUUCAGACUAUAGUUUUACUUCGGGUGCCUGGAGUGGGUCUGUUGAUGAUGCCGUCUAUGCCUGACACCAACCUGACCGGUCCGGGGGACAGCUACUCGGCUGGGGGUCUCACCAUGGAGGUUCUGGAACCCAUGAAGACAUGGAGAGUUGCCUUCCAGGGGAAACUCAGACUUUCUGAGACAGGGGAAGAAAAGGCUGUCAGCUUUGAUCUGAAAUGGACAGCCAUUACAAACUUCUUUGAUUUUGACACUGACCUUCACCCUGCACCAACAGCAGACGCCAUAGCCAGGGAGAAAUGGUCAAGGGGAUACUUCGAAAAUCUGAAAACAGUGCAUCAGACCCACUAUGAGCAGUUCGGGGAGCUGGUGGGUGAUGUGUGUAUCGAGGGAAUGCAGCCGAAGCCACUCCGGGUCAGGGGAGUCCGGGAUCACUCGUAUGGCAAUAUCCGAGACUGGAAGUACUUCCAUCGGUAUGGCCUGCAGUACGGCUACUUCAGUGACGGCACCUGCCUCUGUGUCGGCGCCAUCUCCAUGCCUAUGUGUAUGUCCAGAUUGUCCGUCGGCUACAUGUUUCUGAAGGACGGCACUCUAGUCCCUGUGUCUCACACAGACUUUGAAUUCUUCAACCAUGGAGAAGAUCAGAAUCCCCCGAAACAGAUGACUCUGGGGUUCACAGCAGGUGGGACGAAGUACGAGCUGUCCAUCGAUGUGGUUCAGUGUCCAGUGUUCUACAUGGGGGAGGAGUGGGAUGCUAAAAUCUUCGAGCGUCUGUGUAACUUCCGACUGAAUGGUGUGGAGGGCUGGGGCAUCAGUGAGUGGGACUACAGAAACUAUGCCGGGAAGGAAGAAGAGAUGAGGAAACUAAAGGCUUCAUCGUGAUGGAGAACAGCUGAAUUAGUUUACACCUUUCUAUCUAAUGUUCAAACUGAGUGGCUGGAACAUUGUUGAAUACUACUGAAGGAAGUGACAGGCUCCCCAUUUCCCAGCUACUGAACAAAAUACAUUGCAUGUGACGUAUAGGUGGACCUUACCUGCCAUUGCUGUGGCUUGUGAGACAAUAUGCUACUCACGUGGACAGCUUUUACUGUUUUUAUUUCACCUCCUUGCGAAUCCUCUGUUUGAAUGGACUGAUCAAUGGGUCUACCUACACACCCCACUUAUAAAAUGAACUGAUCCAUGGGUCUACUGACUCACUCCACUGUUUGAAAUGAAAUAAUUUGUUUGUUGUGCUCACGGAGUCAAGUAAGGAUAAGAAUUUAUGGAUGAACAACUUCUUUAUUACAAUUAAGAGCUUAAAUAAAUUCUUAUCCUUACUUAGUACUCCAACUUCUAAAUGCCUAUCAAAGAAGUCACGGAGUCAAGUUUUCAGCAUUUGGGUGAAUAUUUAUGUGUGAUUGUGUGGACCAAGUUUGUAUUGCAAUUCGUGUGUAACCAUUCCUCUUGCUAACUGAUCGUUAAUUUGUGUGGGUUAAUUUAAGAGAUGAAUAUAUUUCAUUCCUGCAAGGGUGUUUUGUCAAGGGUUUACCAUUCUGACUUUACUGCAGUGAUGCCUGUCAGUUCAAAGUAGAAGAGGGCAAUUGGAAACAUUAGUAUUGAGAUACAUGGAUAAGAAGUGCCCUUGGGAAUGCUGUUUCUGUUUGAUGGGUAUAAUGUUCCUCACAGCUACAUUGUGUGUGCUCGUCACGAUAUGGCUGAAAUACUGCUGAUGUGACGUUAAAUAUUAACUCACUCACUCACUCACAUUGUGUGUGGGAGUGGGGAUAACUUGACACUGAACAGUAAGCUGUUAUGCUUCUAGGUAUCUCAUGAUUCAGUAUGGGAGGUAUAACGCAAUCCAUGCACAGAGAACUGGAGACCAACUGUAGGUUCAUAUUUGCAAGCUAAAGAUGCAAGUACAAGAACUUCGAGCUCUGAAACUUUGCUGUUCUCUUCUUUCAGCCUCUCUACUUUGUUGAAAACUUAUUAUGUCGCUAUGAACAUCCAAAUCUAUAGUUUUGCUGGUUUACUUGUUGUCUUGGGAGGGCGUCGGCUAACAACAUUUGAUUGCCAGGUCUAUGCCUAAUCUUCAAUACGUAUGGUUGUAUUCUUAAAAGCAUGCGCUGCAAUUUCUGAGGGGCUGCUGACAGGCUCUUCUCGUGAAUCAUCUCCAGUGGCUUGUGGUCAGAUUCUGCAAUGAAGUGCUUGCCAUGUACUGGAAUCUUGCCAAACACUGGAAUAUGGAAUCUUUCGCACUUGAAGACAACUGCCAACAUUUCUGUCUAUGUUUGUGUAUCUCUGUUCCAUGUCGCUCAGAGACUUCGAGGCAAUAGCUAAAGGCUUGUCAUUUAUUAGUAGAACUGCUCUGAGGCCUGUGGAGGAGUUUAGUCUUGGGUUGAAGUAGUUCAGGGUUACUUUGCCACAGAUUAGGUCCAUUAUUUCUCUUUAAAUACUUUCUGAUGGGACACAGACCAUGCAAACUCAGUGUCCUUCUUUUCACAAACACCUGGUGUCAUCACUAUUUGAUAGUGGUUCAUCAACACAUGCUCAUGACGGAAUUGUACAGUGAAUUCUGAUUUUAGCAGAAAUUUCCUAUGAUUAUGGGAAGGGUUUUGUCACUUUAUUUACAUGUUCCCUAUGUGGUGCUGUGUGCUGAGACAGGUGGAUGAUGAAAGUUCCCAUAUUUGUUGCUAUUUCUAAAGAAAUCUUGUAGCUACUUAGCGUCAAAAGGGGGCCCUAUUUCUUUGAUAGCCUUGACCUUGUCUAGGUCUGGGUUUGAGAUUACACCUUUGGUGUUGAAGACUAGUCCAAAGAAUUUUCUUUUGUUUGUCUAGAUCUCACACUUUCCAGAGCUUAAUUUAAGACCAUUCUCUCUUUCAACAUUCAUCGUGUUUCUCAGGUUGCUGUUGUGUUCUUCCUCUAUGUGAAUACUGCAAUAUUGUUAGCAAUGCCCGUGGUGCCUGGGCACUGUUCAAGGAUUUGGUCCAUGUUUUGUUGGAAUACAUUUUGGCUAAGGUUAAGUCCGAAUGGGAGCCUAAGAAACCUAUAUCGACCAAGGCGGCUGUUAGAGGUCAUUAGAAUGCUUGACUCUUUGUUAAGAAUUAAGGACAAAAAUCCAUGGCGGACAUCAAGUAUUGAGAAUAUUGUUGCACCUAAGAAGUCAUGAGUGAGCUCACUCAGUGUUCAGGUCUUAUAAUGGGGCCUCUUGAUUGCUCUGUUUAAAUCUUUAGGCUCCAGACAUACUCUCAUUUUUCCACUAGACUUGCAGCUGUAGGCAAGGCCAGUCUGUAGACACGGACACUUCUGUAAUAGUCACAUCUUCCAGUUCUGCCUUGAUUUCAUCUUUGAGAUGAACAGGAUAGGACAGAGUCGGGGAGGGUCAACAGUCAUCUUGCACUUUCCUUGAAUUGACAAGUGACUUAGAAUCUGUCGGGGUCAGCAGGAUCCAGUCUCUGUACUGCGCAGGUUGGUUGGUUGGUUUGUUGUUUAACGCCGCACUCAGCAAUAUUCCAGCUAUAUGACGGCGGUCUGUAAAUAAUCGAGUCUGGACCAGACAAUCCAGUAAUUGAUAUCAUGAGCAUCGAUC